UGGGGAGAGUGGCCGUGCGAGGGAAGAGGGUACUAAGCUCCCGCUGAGUGCUCUGCCGAUGAUUCUCGAAGACAGUGAUGCUGCUGCUGCUGAUGACUGUGAUACCAGAGCUGCCACCAUCGCGAUGUUCCUUCCCGACCGAUGGGCUGAGGCUGGGCCAGGCCAGAGUGAGAGCACAUGCAAACCUCCGCCGAGGGCCACCUCCGACUCCUCCAGCGCUUCGUUGACCAACCGGCCCAAGUCAAACAGAUACACUCCCGCCUCGUCAUCACCGGCCACCUCCUCCUCAAUUCCGCCGCCGCCCCCCCACCGUCGCCGGCGACCUCGACAUGGCUCCCCACUCUCUUAUACAACGCCCUCGUGAGGUCCUACUCCCGCUCCGGCCAACCCCACGAGGCCCUCGUCCUCUUCACCCACAUGCUCGCCCACCGGGCACCGCCCAACUCCCUCACAUUCCCUCCCCUCGUAAAAUCCUCUGUCCUUCUCCCCAGUUGGGGCCGACCCCUCCAUGCCCAGGCUAUCCGGCGCGGUGUUUCGUGGGACCCGUUCAUCAAGACCUCGUUCAUCAACUUCUACGCCCGUAUAGGUCGACUAGCUGAUGCCCUCCAAGUGUUCGAUGAAAUUCCUAACCCGUGCCUCGUUGCAUGGAACGCGAAACUCGAUGCGCUGUGCAGGAAUGAGGCGAUGGGAUCUGCUCUCUCGGUGUUCAAUUCCAUGCCGGAGCUUGACGUGGUGUCGUGGACGAGUCUGAUUAGUGGGCUUAGUAGCAACGGGAACUUCCAUGAGGCCAUUGACAUCUUCAGGAAGAUGAAUUUGAGACCGAACGAGGCCACUUAUGUGAGUGUGCUCUCUUCUUGUGCCCAUUUGCAGGGAGGAGGUGGACUGCGUAAAGGAAAGCAAAUUCAUGGGCAUUUAAUCCGGUGCGAAUCCGAAUUAUCCGUCUUCGUCGGGACAGCCAUUGUAGACCUCUACGGUAAAACAGGUUGCUUGAGAAAUGCGGAGAAAGUUUUCGACCGAAUGGGUGUGAGAAAGGUCUUUACGUGGAAUGCGAUGAUAUCUUCACUUGCUUGUAACGGUGAAGAGAGGCAGGGCCUCGGCAUGUUUGGCGAGAUGUUAUCAAAUGGUCUGAAGCCGAAUGCUCUCACUUUCAUUUCAGUUCUUACGGCCUGUGCUCGUGGGCAGUUCGUGGAGUCAGGUCUCGAACUGUAUCGGUCUAUGACAAAAGACUUUGGAUUGGAGCCGUUAAUGGAGCAUUACGGGUGUAUAGUUGAUCUGUUGGGCAGGGCAGGGCUACUGAGCGAGGCAUCAGAGUUCAUAGAGAGCAUGCCGUUUGAGCCUGAUGCAUCGGUUCUUGGGGCUCUACUGGGUGCUUGUAAGAUUCAUGGCGCGAUUGAUCUUGGGAACAGAGUGGGAAGGAAGUUGCUUGAGAUUCAGCACGGUCAACGUUGUGGACGAACCAUAGCGUUAUGGAACAUUCUUGCUGAGUCAAACGAGUGGAACAGUGCUGCUAAUUUGAGGAAGGCAAUUGUGGAGUCGGGCAUCGAGAAAAUCCCAGGAUUCAGUUUUCUCGACUCUCUCUAGAGAUUUGGGCUAGCCGAAUCGCUUCAUUGCUAAGUGUCAAUUAGGGAUCAACAACUUAUGAUUAGGUCAGGAGUAUGUCCUGAUCUCGAUAGGACAUGUCCUCUGCUGCCUCUUUUAAGGUUCCCAUAGAUAUUAUAUAUUUAUUAUUCAAUAAUUCGAUGCGGAGUGUAAAACCAUAAUUGCUGGAAUUGUCUCAAUUGAUAUUGGCCCUAAACACAGCCACCUUAUUUCACAAUUUUGAGAUAUCCUA